UUGUACAGUCUGGCAGCAUUAGAGCAUAUACGUAAAAAACGCGCUCAUUUAAAAGUCUGUGGCUUGCAAAUAAUUAUACAAAUUAUGGAGGAUUUUGAGAAAAUUGAGAAGAUUGGCGAAGGCACUUAUGGUGUGGUUUACAAGGGUCGCAAUCGUCUUACGGGCCAAAUUGUGGCAAUGAAGAAAAUUCGCUUGGAGUCGGACGACGAAGGCGUUCCAUCGACCGCAAUCAGAGAAAUUUCGUUGCUCAAGGAGCUAAAACAUAAAAACAUUGUAUGUUUGGAGGAUGUUUUGAUGGAGGAGAAUCGCAUAUACUUGAUCUUUGAAUUCCUAUCGAUGGACCUCAAAAAAUACAUGGACUCGCUGCCAGUAGAUAAGCAUAUGGAAAGCGAAUUGGUUCGAAGCUAUUUGUAUCAAAUAACCAGCGCCAUUCUGUUUUGCCAUCGUCGAAGAGUUCUUCACCGUGAUCUGAAGCCGCAGAAUUUGCUAAUCGACAAGAACGGCCUUAUAAAAGUGGCAGACUUUGGUCUUGGUCGAUCCUUUGGCAUUCCAGUACGAAUUUAUACUCACGAGAUCGUGACUUUGUGGUACAGGGCCCCGGAGGUACUUUUGGGAUCACCCCGGUAUUCCUGUCCCGUCGAUAUCUGGUCUAUUGGGUGUAUAUUUGCUGAAAUGGCAUCGAGAAAACCUCUAUUUCAGGGAGACUCGGAAAUCGACCAGUUAUUCAGAAUGUUCAGAAUUCUCAAAACACCAACAGAGGAUAUUUGGCCGGGGGUUACUUCACUUCCCGACUACAAGAACACUUUUCCCUGUUGGUCUACCAACCAAUUGACGAACCAGUUAAAGAAUCUCGAUGCUAACGGAGUAAAUCUUAUUCAAAGUAUGUUAAUCUAUGAUCCGAUACAUCGCAUUUCCGCCAAGGAUAUUUUGGAGCACCCAUAUUUCCAUGGUUUUCAAUCGGGCUUAGUUCAAAAUUAACGUUCAGUAUUCUGGUUUUACUCUAAUAACAUUUAUAAGCAAGAAAAGUUGAAAUCUAAACUAAAGCAAAAUAGCCGUAAAAUAAAAGUAAGAGUGUAAAACAA